CACAAACAUUAUAACCCAUGAUUAAUAAUUACUGUAGCUAUAUAUAGUGGUUUUUAUUCAAUAAAUUACUGUAAAAUGACGAAGAAACUAUUAGCGAACUUCCAGCAAGAAAGAUAGAAACUUAAUAAACUAAAAGGUGUGUGGAGUAUGUAGAAUUACAGAAAUAAUUUGACAUGAUAAUUAUAAUUGUGUUAUAAUACAACCUACAAAGAUGUUUAACAUUGAGUCUUAUAUCACUCCUAUAUUACUUAGCUAUGUUGAGAAAUAUGUGAAGGACUUCAGGCCAGCAGAUGCUCAAGUAUCACUAUGGGGCGGAGGAGUUGCACUUCACAAUCUAGUUCUCAAACCAGAUGUAUUACAGCAAGUGGUAGCUCUGCCAUUUACCCUUGUCUCUGGUCGUAUACAUGAACUACUUAUCAGGGUACCAUGGACCAAGAUCAUGUCCGAACCCAUAACUAUAACUAUUGAUACUAUAGAAUGUAUCCUUAGUCUUCAUUCACCACCAGAAGAAAGUCCUCAGCCUGAAUCACCAAGGAAUCAAGUAGUGGAAGCUCCACCAGGGUAUAUGCGAGCAUUGGUCCGCCGUGUUGUUAGCAACAUCAGUGUGCGGGUACACCAUCUUAUUGUGAAGUAUGUACAGGAUGAUAUAGUACUAUCGCUGAACAUCAAACAUCUAGCAGUCGACAGUGCUGACUCUAAUUGGAAUCCCGCAUUUGCAGACAUAGAGGUGGGAGAGCCUGCGCUGCGACGACUGGUCCGCCUGGAUGACCUCACAUUGUGUCUGGACCGAGCUGAUGCUGAUGGCAAGAUCCGCUUCUACCAAGAACCUCUUCUCUACAGAUGUCAGCUAGACUUUAGAGUUCUCACUCGGCUGGUAUCAGCUAAACGUUUGCGUCCGCUGUCGGUGUGGGUGCGCGCAAAGGCGACGCGGCUGGCAGGCGGCGCCAGCAAUGAGCAGUUGGCGCUGCUCGUGCGGCUGCUGCGGGAGCGUCCGCCUCCGCCCACGCCAACCGCUGCAACACCACUCCUCGUACCACCACCACAGGCUGGAUCAUCAACAACAUCCUUGGAGGGAGUGCGUACAGAGAGCUGGACUGAGUGGGCGUGGUCGUGGCUGCCAGCGUCCGACGAGGCCGAGGAUGUGGCGCCCUCUGUGCCCGUACCCGUACCGUUGACAUUCACCGUUUACUUUGACGAUGUUUCCUUUACUUUUAAAAUGAUGGAGACAGACAUGAACGGUAAGCGACGCGCGCGGCCCGUGCUGCAGCUGGUGGCCACGCACACGGCCGUCAAGUUCUCAAAGUGCGCGCCCACCUCGUUACGUCUGCGCGCCGGUGCACGUCUGCUGGAACUGCGCGCGCACGGCAAGUGCGUCUGCGGUCAACUGCUACCCACACAUGCUAAUUACGAGCCGACAAUAUAUUUGAGCAGCAUUGAAAAAUCUGAGGAACCAUGGAUUUGGCCCGAAGAAAACUUUGGCGGCCGUUCCGUGGAGACGGGCUUGGCGGUGGACGAACAGUUUCGAGCUUCGCCCGAACCUAACGAAGCAUCAGAAGGUAAUCUAAUGGAGACUCAAUGGUGGAAAGAGGUGCCCCAGGAUGGGGACAAUGACGAGCUAUGGGAGCAAAUGGCACCUGUGGUGUUUAUCGAGUACUGCCACGACCGAGCGCCGCCGGAUUCACACAUCAAUCCUUAUGACAAACCACCACUGGACUUUGAAUACAGCGACUGGGCGGAAGAGUGCAGCAUAUCAAUUCGCGUGCAGCCGCUGCAGCUGGAGGUGUGCGGUGGGUUGCUGCACAGGGUGGCGGCAGUCGCGGAUCUGGCGCUACACCUGCCUCCGCACCAGGAACCCGAGCAAUCAAUACGCACUCUGACUCUGGAGGAAUGCGAGGCGUUGUCUAACAACGUUCCGCAGCGGCGAUGCGACGUGGAAGUGAGCGGGUUGGUGGUGCGCGUAUGGCCCUGGCAGCACCCGCCGCCGUCACACCGCGCCGCGUCCCCUCUGCUUCUGGACUUCGAGCUGCCUUUAGCUGUGGCCACCAUCUCGGCACCCUUGUACACAUACAGAGUAUGCUCGGCGGCAUGUCAGAUGCCCGAGGACGAGGCUUUAGUGUGGAGUUGUGCGCGGGCGCAUGUGACGCUCAACGUGAAUGGUGCGACUGCGUGCGUGCGCGCCGCCGACACGCCUCCGAAGGCCAUCGCCCACGCGGACAUCCGCGCCACCUCACACCGCCUCUUGCACGCACAUCUCUUCAAACACUACGCCACAGUGCACAACAGCUACACAUUCAACAUACGAGAAGCGGGUGUUUGCGGUUCUGUAGCGAGACUUACAGCUGCAUAUGAGAUUCUGACAGCACUGCGCAGAGCUCGCCCCUCCAACUUGUUGAACAACACCACGCUCGUAUAUGAUGCGUUGCACGACGAAGAAAUGGUGUCAUUGGACGCGUCACUCGAGCAGUUGACACUCCGUGGAUACGCGACGCUCGGCCUCCGCACGAAUAUAAUAUCGCUGCACGCCGUAAGAGCCUCCGCUAUACACACGCCCAAAGAUGGCGAAAACAAACAAGCCUGGCUGUUUUCCGGUCCAGAGGCUCCGACAACUUCACCGUACUUACGAAUGGCGAUGCAGUGGGAGACGGAUGCGGGGGUCGGGGCGGGGUCUAUUGCUCGGAAGGAGGAGUCUGAACAGCUGAGGACAGUGGAGUUCAUUGGGGCGUGGCUCGAGCCCACUGCGGUUAGCGCCGACCCGCUACUGCUCGCAGCAUUGGCCUAUUUGCCCCGUGUCACACUAUCAAGCGUGGAUUCACAAUCUAAUCUAAUUACUGGAAAAUCCGUGUCAUCGUCCCUCCAUUCAAUGCUGCGUCGCCCCACACCACCAUCUUCGAGCGGUCGAGGCGGCAGUCGUGCGGGCUCGGGGGCGGAGGUGCACGCGCGGCCUCGCAGCACCGCCUCCAGCGCCGAGCGCACCGAACUCAUGCAGGCGCCGCCCACACCGCGGCCAAACGACACCCGCUACACGCUCGGCAAGAAAGUAGCGUGGUGGUGGAGCGGAGAGCACGCGGUGCAGAUGCACGCUCGUCUGCGGCGCGCGCUGGCGUGCUGCGAGCUUGGCCUCGUGCAAGUGUACGUGCCCGCUCAGAGUGUACCUGCACGCGGUUCUCGCCCCCUACGGGGAAUGGGAGGCCUCGCAGGACUCCGCGACGCUAUCGAGAGCCACGCGGCGAACAAACCAGUCCUAGUAUUCAGUCUGGGACACUUGACAAUGCAUUCCAACGCAAUGGUCAAACACCUCUGGAACGAUAUCAGACAUGACGGCCCCACCUAUAUUGCAGCAAAGCCAGAGCUUACGCUGGAUUCGUUUCCGUGGCGCGUGCGCAUUGCUGACGUGUCGUGCUACACGCUGGAGGCGAGGCGGCCGACGGAGGGUGUUCGCGGAGCGCUGAAAGAUACGCGUAGCACCGCCCCGCGCGCCCUCCUCGGUCUCCUCACCACCACAGUCACCCUCUCCAUAGUCACCAAGUCUCUGUCGGUGCGGCUGCCCACACCAACGCAACGCGCGCCACAUGUCGCCCACGACGAGACCAAAGCGAGCCCGGAGCCGACGGCGGCGCCGGCUGCGGGCGGGCCCGUGGUAUCACUGGGCGUGCAUGUUCAUGCGGACACGCCCCCCAUCACGCUACAUCUAGACCAAGAUCAGGUGGGCGUGUUAGCGGACGCAUUGCACUGUUUGACGCACUUAGCGCUGUUGUUGCGCCGCUCGUCCGUCCCUACACCCGCUCCCACGUAUCCGCCUGUUGUUCCUGCUAUCAACAAGUCACUCAUAAGAUCUGUAUCGGAGCAGGAGGAACGAGAAACGCCGUCAGAAAGGACGCCUAGUGACAACAGAUCUGACCUUAUUCCAAUAUUUGAAGCGAGCGCUAUAAAAUUAGAGACAAAGACGUUCAUAUGGGUGCAGUGGGUAAUAUCGCGUGCGACGGUCGCUGUAUCGACUGGUCGCGCGCGACUAGCCGCUGACGUGGACGAUAUUAUAGCGACAGUGGAUCUGCAGCCACAUUACAGUCAGUUAAAGUUGAAGCUUGCUUCAGCCUCAUUACGUCAUUUCCGACGGUCGGAGAGCGAUGAAUGGGAAGCCGGCGCUAUGGGAGGCCGGGUGCUUGAAGCUCGGGAGCCUCUUGACUCCAAACAAGACAACCAUUUCUUAGCCCUCACUGUCACGCAAGCAAAGAUAUCUAAUCUACCAGCCAGCUGGAGAGAAGAGCUACAUCCUAAGUUAUUGGAGCAGAAAUCUCAAGGGGCGGACAGUAUGUGGGAGGUGUACGUAACACUGGCACCACUGGAGGCAGUAGUGCAGGCGAGCGUGGUCCGGCUAGCGGCCGCCGUGAUGCGUCUGCUGCGCCCGCGCACCGCCGCAUGCCCGCUGCGCCCGCCCGCGCCACGCCCACACUCAUACCUCGCUAGGACACACGCCCCACUUCGCAGCGAAUGGCAGCUUCCAUUCUUCUACAUGUCUGCCGGUGGCUUGCGGCUGUUGCUUACAGAGCACGGGGCCGAGAGCGCGGAAGAUGACACCCUCAUGCUUGUUAUCGGAAAAGUUACUGUUAAUCCACAUCCGGAGAACCCUAUUUGCAGACGUGUAGUGAACGCGUGCGCGGAGACAAGCGGAUGGGUAACAGGCGCAAGCGCCCCCGAUGGCCGACAGUAUGAAGCGCUCGCACGGGGCGUGGCGCUGCGCUCCGCACGAUUCCAUCAGCUUGUCAGACAAGAGGUUAGCGAAGCAGAAAUUAUGAAAGGCACAGGAGGAGAAAAUCCAGCUUUAAAAUGGAGUCAACCAACGAUUUCCCCUGUCAUCACACCGAUAGUGCAUUCUGUCGACGUGGAAUGUGUGGUAGCGCCUGCGGUGGUGGUCUGCGAGGAGGAAGGGCCGACAGUGGCAUGCGGGCCAGCGUUCGAGAUCAACCUUGCCUCCGACUGCUCGAUAGAGCUCGGUCUGCACCAGCUCGGACUACUAGUCUCCCUCAGCGAUUCAAUGCGGGAAGCACUUGCACACGGGCAGGAAGACGUUGAUGCAGAUGAGGCUGACGAGGAGUCGAACAUUUGCCCUUACUCGCAGCUGAUCCCCGAGCCGCUGUCGCCUUGGCCAGACACAGCGGCCAUGCCGCCCACGGCUUCCUCCGCGACAGUGACGCCUACAACGCAAGCAAACUCCAUUCCUGUCUCUCCGUGGACAGCGCGUAGUGAAUCGAUGCGAGGAGGUAUGGAUUCAGGUGUGGCGUCGGCUGCUUCGCACUGCGCCGCUAAGUAUAGCUUAAGUGACGAGCCCUUGGGACCUAUCAAGAAAAAUGUGUCCAUUGCACUCGCAGAUCAUAGGGUCGAUCCAUGGGAACAUUUUGAGUUGUUUGUAACAAUGGGAGUGAUCGAAGCGUGUUUGUACGCGGCGGAUACUGGCGGCAGCGAACUAGCGCCGCUGCGCGCUCGCGAACCGCCGUUGUCGGACCACGUGCCGGUGCCGGCCCCGCCCAGCGCAACACCAGGCCCCGCCUCAACCACUGCCUCUCCCAAUGACAAUACAGCGCCCGAAGACCAGCCACGCCCCAUUGUUAGUUUCAAAGACAUUAAAGAAACGAGUAAAAAAGAAGACGGACGCGAGUCAGCGACCGCCGGCAGCUCGAUCGCACCAGACGACAUCAAAAGCACUGAUAUCGACAAAACUCACUUUGACUUAACGAAUCCUUUGCCCCAGGCCAGGAAAUCGGAGGGUUACUUGCAAAUGAUUCAUAUUAGCUUGCAACAACCAAAUCUGUACUACUGGCGAAAAGAAACACAGAGGACGUUACAGGUAUCGCUAUUUGACGCGGGCGUGGCGCUUGGGGGAGGCACGACGCGUCGAGUGCUGCUAAGCACGGAGCGCGGCAAUCGAGACCCACUCACCGACAUUCCACCAGCCCUCGCCACACUUAGAGCAACUCUACCCACAACCAGUAUAUCUACUACGGUAAUAUCGAACGCGCGGGGCACGCUCCAGCUAGAUAUAGAGCGACCUGUGCUAUUUGAUGUUUGCACGGACCGACUAAUCCGUCUCCACACUAUAAUUAUGUUGGUCAAUAAGCAAUUGAAACAGGAGAAAACGAUUGCAGAGGAAGAUACAACUCAGUCGUCUUUGAGGAAAUUACGCAAAUUAAUGACGAACCACGGCCUAGCGAAUGUGUCACUGAACACGGGUCAGGUGGGUGUGCGAGGGUCCGCGGGGUCCGCGGGCUGGACAAGUGCGAGCGCGCACGUGACCGCCGCGGUGCGCCCUGACCGUUUCAACGCACGCGUACUGUUGCGCUCGAUGUUCGCCUCCGCAGGCGCGCCCUGCGACGCCCGCAGACCGGUACUGCUGCCAGUGAAUGUCGGGGCUACGGUGGUAGCGACAUGGGAGGGGUGGCGGCGCAGUGGGGGCACGACCGGGGGCGGUAGCAGCGGCGCAGGAGGUGUGCGUGGCGCGUUGUACGCGGAUGCCGUCACACUCGACUUGCGCCCCGGCGACCUCGAAGCCCUUUCCGCGCUGCACCACGCCGUCCUGCAACUACAGCAGUUUUUAAAAAGCGAUAACCAAGAUUCGUGGAAUAACGACGGUGAAAAGAAACCUAGUACAUCGUCUGCAGCAUCCGCAGCAUCUAUCAACUCGCUCGAGGAUCUUGCAGAUCAUUACUACAAGGAUGACCUUAGGAGUGGUGCCUUCCGCUUGGUGCGCGGCGGUCAGGUGCCGAUGGCGUACCAGGUGCGCGCGUCGGUCGGCGCUUUGGCCUGGCGUUACCCACAUCCCCGCGCUCUCACCAGGCUCGUCGCCUUCCCCGUGCCGGGACUGGUAACCACUAUGAUAGCUACAUUUAAUGCGAUAGACGUGUGCCAGGACUUCGCCAAAAUGAAUCUGAAACGGUGA